AGCGUGCGGGCUACUCCCUGGACGAGGUCUUCAUGUACGCUCGCUCGGCGGUGGCACAGCAGCGGCAACUGGCGCUCAAUGUCCUGACUGCCAUCCUCACUAGACUCGCCAGGGGAGGCUACUACUGCUGCUUCCAGGCGCCCCUGAUGCAGACGCUGCUGGACUCUGGCGUGGUGCUGCUGCUGCGCUUCGCCCUGGACGACGCGGUGGCCGCCGUGCGGCACUCGGGGGUCGCCGCCCUGGCCGCCCUCCUCGCCAGCGACGCCCUCGAGACGCCCUUGGCCGCCCUCACGCCCUGGAGCGGCGCCCUCAGACCGGCCGUCGCCAGCGCCAUGCAUGCCAAGCAGGAGGUGCAGGCUGAGCUGAAGGCUGAGGAGACUGAGCUGAAGGAUGCCGAGCUCCUGCAGCUGGAUGUUGUCAGAGCCCUUAUCAGGAUUGAUACUCUCGUCAGGGUCAGGUACACGCUGGAGGAGCUGUCGCCGCCACCGGAGUGCGUGCCGCAGCUGGUGUCGGUGCUGACGCGCGUGGCGGCGCACUCCCUCACCGCCGCCUGGGAGGUGGCGUCCUGUGAGGGUCUCCUGAGCGUCCUUGUGUCCCGCCACCUGCCCCACGACUCCGCCGCCAUCACCGCCGGCGAUAACGUCGUCACCGUCACCUCCCUGCACGGGGUGCCCCUCAGACACGUCCUCGCCCUCGUCAAGGUACUAUGCAGUUGGGGCCCUAACAUAUCCAAGGAGGUGGUCACCAAGCACGGGAUAAUGACGCGGCUGCUCACCUUCAUGUCGGUGGAGCCCACCGAGAUGGCGCUCCCUCUGAGCGAGGCGCUGCAGCUCUCCGUCGCAGCGCACGAACUCUUCAGCGUCCUGCUGGGCUUCGGGCUCAUGCAGGCACAGGAGUCGCUGUUGUCGUUCCUGCCGCUACUGAUCCGUCAUCUGCACUUCUACAGAGACAAAGUGGCCAUCAAUGAAGACACUGGCAGCAACCAGCUCAACUUUGAGCUUGGCGCACACUUAUUUAGUUCUCUGAGAAAAGCUGUGAGCGUUGCCUCUACCAAGACGCUCCUGGAUCGGCAGGUGAAGCAGCACGCAGGGCUAAGAGUGGGCCUCGAUGAAACUCACGGAGAGGCGCUACAGCCGCCAAUCAUUGAGUGGGGCACUGCCGUGCCCUUAGCCCAGCUGGCCAUUACCUGCUGCUUGAAGUGGUGCACGCAACUGAGUCGUGGUCAUUCCAGCUAUGCAGGCCUUAGUCUACUGGGGUCCGCACUCUUAUUUACCGAAAAUUUUUUCAGGAAGAGCAAAGACCAAAUUGGCUGUUCAGCUCCCGAAUAUCUCUCCGCCAUUGAGGAUUUUUAUGCGAAGGCUUUGUGUCCUUUGCUCGAGAGUUCCUGUUUCUCUGAACUGCUUUCCCGCACCCAGGCUCACUCUUCGCUCUGCUCGGGCCUCACGUCGAGUAUAGUUGAAGACGCUAAAAAUCUCUCGUCUUUAAACUGCAUCACUAUGGAGGGCAAAAUUAUUCCAAUGCUGUCGUCUGAGUCUCCACUGCCGCUACUCUUACCCUUGUGUAGGCUUCUUGUUACGCUCAUGGAACUGCACCCUGGUUUGCCCAAAAAGGCGCUUCAUGCGUUUGUGACCAACCCGCACCUGCAGGCGUACCUGAAGGCCAUUGUGGAGGUGCAGCCUCUGGCCUUACAGUAUCAGUGGAUGACGAGAAUCGAAGUAGAGUUCCUGAGCAACGUGUUGCUCAUUGUCUCCUUCCUGCGGUCGCUCAAGUCCAAGUAUUUGUAUCACUGCGCUGCCCUCAGCGUCAUGAGCUGCCUGCAGAAGGGGCAGGAACACAUAGCCAGGAGCUUGCUGACCCGAGUUGUCUGUAACCUGGACUUCAUCACUGACUUGACAGAGCUGUCAUCAGGCGUUGGUGAUAUGACGUUAGAUGAUUACGAGCCUCUUAAAUCACCUGCUUUAAGGCAGCCCUGCUUGCACCCUGCAGACCUUACCCGGAAAUUGACUGAAGACCUCGAUCAUAUUGGCAGUUCGCUAGCAUCGUCCCUAUUUGACAGCAAAGCAUUGAAACAAAGUGUUGUUUGGCACAAAGAAAUUCCAUUCCUUUUGAAUAGUAUUGUGGUACCUCAUCACGAAACUCUAACUAUCUUCGAUGAUUAUUGGCCUCUAUUUCCUUUGAAGAAAAUGAUGCUUAAAAAAAUUUUGGAUAUUACUUUGGCGAACGAAGAAGCAAAGAAAAACCCUGGGAAACCAGUGCUAAGUUCAUCCGAUAGUGAAAGUGAUCAGUCUAAGCCCGAGGUGCUCGUUGAUGCGGCACGCAGCCUGCAGCUGGCCUACGUCUGUCUGCGCCAUCGUAGGAAAUGCGCCUUCAGGAGCACGUGCGUCACAGGUUGGCUGCGUCACUUGUCACUCACGUUCCUGGUGGCAAACGACCUUUUCUUGGACCGCAACAUCAGUUCAUACUUACAGGGAUGUCUGCAUGAGCUGCUACGAGAUGCCGGGCACAAACUAUUCGACGACAGGUUACAAUUUGCUGGUUUGGGCAACACGUACGACUGGUACAAGAAAAUGAUAGAGCAAUACAUUGCUGUGUCAUACGGCGACCACACGUUCGCUGUAAUGUUGCUCCUACCAACCCUGCAAUGCUAUCCGGUGCAGUACCGGGCCCUUCUCUGGGGAGAUCUUUCUGAUGCUCUUCCUUUGGUCCGACUUAAGCCGUCUGACAUAGAGAAGUUCAUCCCGAUCUCAGAGUUUCUAGAGCCUCCUGAGUCUGACGAAGACAUGUUGAACAAAUAUCGCAGCUGCCUCGUGACGGGUCUCGUGACUGAAGUGCGGACGCCUUUGUUGUGGCAGGUGGCUUGCCGCCACACCAACGCUGCCUGCUGAAGGAGGAGGCCCUUGUUGUGGCAGGUGGCUUGCCGCCACACCAACGCCGCCUGCUGGAUCGUACACAUAACCGUUAUUUUGUUUUAGCCCAUAUAUUGAUACCGAAUCCGCGUGCAUUUUCAACGCAUUAAUGAAAUUAUAUGGCCGCUAUUGUUUCUUGUUUCUUAUCGGGAUUAGGAUUCUCUUCUUCUGUCCUCAACGGAGAAAAAUUAAAUUUGGUUCUGGAUAAUGAAGAGAGUCAUUAAAUGUUGGCAUAUUUUAUGCGUAAUCUCUUAGAAUCUAAUGACUGCUUCACAUUUAGGAUCUCUUAUUCGUUUCUGUAAAGCAAAUGUGCAUGCAUUUUUCAUGCGAUGUUUCUCCGAACGAAAAUAAUUAGUGUAUAUAUCAGUUUGAUUUAUAAGAUAUGUAUAUACACCAAUUCGUUUGCUGCUAGGUAUGCCUAAAGUUCUCCUAUGUGAUGAAUAAAAUAUUAUUUUCUGCGAA